AUGACUGCUUUCAAUGCCUUCCUUCUAUUUUUCCUUGAUGACGAAGCACCUACUCUGAAUUGUUCAGAUAUCACUUCCACGACGGAUUUGGGACUAAAUUCAUCGUCGGACGUUGAUGUCAUGCCAUAUGCAACUGACAAUGCUGAUGCAGAUCCCAAUGUUACUUGUUCCCAUUCAUCUAAACAUGAAUUCCUGAUCGGCAUCACAACUGUAACCUGCUCGUCUACAGAUAACGCUGAAAACACUGGCAAUUGCACUUUCUUAGUUACAGUCACAGAUGACGAAGCACCUACUCUAAAUUGUUCAGAUAUCACUUCCACGACGGAUUUGGGACUAAAUUCAUCGUCGGACGUUGAUAUCAUGCCAUAUCCAACUGACAAUGUUGAUACAGAUCCCAAUGUGACUUGUUCCCAUUCAUCCAAACAUAAAUUCCUGAUCGGCAUCACAACUGUAACCUGCUCGUCUACAGAUAACGCUGAAAACACUGGCAAUUGCACUUUCUUAGUUACAGUCAAAGAUGACGAAUCACCUACUCUGAAUUGUUCAGAUAUCACUUCCACGACGGAUUUGGGACUAAAUUCAUCGUCGGACGUUGAUAUCAUGCCAUAUGCAACUGACAAUGUUGAUACAGAUCCCAAUGUGACUUGUUCCCAUUCAUCUAAACAUGAAUUCCUGAUCGGCAUCACAACUGUAACCUGCUCGUCUACAGAUAACGCUGAAAACACUGGCAAUUGCACUUUCUUAGUUAUAGUCACAGAUGACGAAUCACCUACUCUGAAUUGUUCAGAUAUCACUUCCACGACGGAUUUGGGACUAAAUUCAUCGUCGGACGUUGAUAUCAUGCCAUAUGCAACUGACAAUGUUGAUACAGAUCCCAAUGUGACUUGUUCCCAUUCAUCUAAACAUGAAUUCCUGAUCGGCAUCACAACUGUAACCUGCUCGUCUACAGAUAACGCUGAAAACACUGGCAAUUGCACUUUCUUAGUUAUAGUCACAGAUGACGAAGCACCUACUCUGAAUUGUUCAGAUAUCACUUCCACGACGGAUUUGGGACUAAAUUCAUCGUCGGACGUUGAUAUCAUGCCAUAUGCAACUGACAAUGCUGAUGCAGAUCCCAAUGUUACUUGUUCCCAUUCAUCUAAACAUGAAUUCCUGAUCGGCAUUACAACUCUAACCUGCUCGUCUACAGAUAACGCUGAAAACACUGGCAAUUGCACUUUCUUAGUUACAGUCACAGAUGACGAAGCACCUACUCUGAAUUGUUCCGAUAUCACUUCCACGACGGAUUUGGGACUAAAUUCAUCGUCGGACGUUGAUGUCAUGCCAUAUGCAACUGACAAUGCUGAUGCAGAUCCCAAUGUUACUUGUUCCCAUUCAUCUAAACAUGAAUUCCUGAUCGGCAUCACAACUGUAACCUGCUCGUCUACAGAUAACGCUGAAAACACUGGCAAUUGCACUUUCUUAGUUACAGUCACAGAUGACGAAUCACCUACUCUGAAUUGUUCAGAUAUCACUUCCACGACGGAUUUGGGACUAAAUUCAUCGUCGGACGUUGAUAUCAUGCCAUAUGCAACUGACAAUGUUGAUACAGAUCCCAAUGUGACUUGUUCCCAUUCAUCUAAACAUGAAUUCCUGAUCGGCAUCACAACUGUAACCUGCUCGUCUACAGAUAACGCUGAAAACACUGGCAAUUGCACUUUCUUAGUUAUAGUCACAGAUGACGAAUCACCUACUCUGAAUUGUUCAGAUAUCACUUCCACGACGGAUUUGGGACUAAAUUCAUCGUCGGACGUUGAUAUCAUGCCAUAUGCAACUGACAAUGUUGAUACAGAUCCCAAUGUGACUUGUUCCCAUUCAUCUAAACAUGAAUUCCUGAUCGGCAUCACAACUGUAACCUGCUCGUCUACAGAUAACGCUGAAAACACUGGCAAUUGCACUUUAUUAGUUAUAGUCACAGAUGACGAAUCACCUACUCUGAAUUGUUCAGAUAUCACUUCCACGACGGAUUUGGGACUAAAUUCAUCGUCGGACGUUGAUAUCAUGCCAUAUGCAACUGACAAUGUUGAUACAGAUCCCAAUGUGACUUGUUCCCAUUCAUCUAAACAUGAAUUCCUGAUCGGCAUCACAACUGUAACCUGCUCGUCUACAGAUAACGCUGAAAACACUGGCAAUUGCACUUUAUUAGUUAUAGUCACAGAUGACGAAGCACCUACUCUGAAUUGUUCAGAUAUCACUUCCACGACGGAUUUGGGACUAAAUUCAUCGUCGGACGUUGAUAUCAUGCCAUAUGCAACUGACAAUGCUGAUGCAGAUCCCAAUGUUACUUGUUCCCAUUCAUCUAAACAUGAAUUCCUGAUCGGCAUUACAACUGUAACCUGCUCGUCUACAGAUAACGCUGAAAACACUGGCAAUUGCACUUUCUUAGUUACAGUCACAGAUGACGAAGCACCUACUCUGAAUUGUUCCGAUAUCACUUCCACGACGGAUUUGGGACUAAAUUCAUCGUCGCACGUUGAUAUCAUGCCAUAUGCAACUGACAAUGCUGAUGCAGAUCCCAAUGUGACUUGUUCCCAUUCAUCUGACCAUGAAUUCCUGAUCGGCAUUACAACUGUAACCUGCUCGUCUACAGAUAACGCUGAAAACACUGGCAAUUGCACUUUCUUAGUUACAGUCACAGAUGACGAAGCACCUACUCUAAAUUGUUCAGAUAUCACUUCCACGACGGAUUUGGGACUAAAUUCAUCGUCGCACGUUGAUAUCAUGCCAUAUGCAACUGACAAUGCUGAUGCAGAUCCCAAUGUGACUUGUUCCCAUUCAUCUGACCAUGAAUUCCUGAUCGGCAUCACAACUGUAACCUGCUCGUCUACAGAUAACGCUGAAAACACUGGCAAUUGCACUUUCUUAGUUACAGUCACAGAUGACGAAGCACCUACUCUGAAUUGUUCAGAUAUCACUUCCACGACGGAUUUGGGACUAAAUUCAUCGUCGGACGUUGAUAUCAUGCCAUAUGCAACUGACAAUGCUGAUGCAGAUCCCAAUGUGACAUGUUCCCAUUCGUCUGACCAUGAAUUCCUGAUCGGCAUCACAAUUGUAACCUGCUCGUCUACAGAUAACGCUGAAAACACUGGCAAUUGCACUUUCUUAGUUACAGUUACAGAUGACGAAGCACCUACUCUGAAUUGUUCAGAUAUCACUUCCACGACGGAUUUGGGACUAAAUUCAUCGUCGGACGUUGAUAUUGUCACGCAGUUUGGUUAA